CCCAGCAAUCUCAGGGCAAAGCGAAAACGCUUUGGCUUUGACAGCCACCGCCACAAGUCUUUCCGCCUCCCUUGCUAGCCUAGGAGCUGGGAGUUGGGAGCUGGGAGCUGGAUUAUGGUGGCCUGAGCAGCAAACGCAGCCACAGGAACCCAGAGCCCCGGCCCCUUCCCACUUCCUCAUCCCCGCCAGGAGAACCGAGACUGCAGCCGGCGCCACCCUGCCAUGCCCGCCCCUCCCAGCCCCAGAGGGGCCCGAGCCCGCCGCUGAGGCUGCCCGCCACCGUCCAGAUGUAGCUGGGUCCCGGAUCACAGCGGCUGCUCUCCUCUCUUGCACUGCGGAUUCUCCUGCCCGCUCUGCACCGCCUGGACCCGGGGGCUGGCUGAGGGGGCCUGCAGGCUCUGGAUUCCUGAUGCCGCCAAGCCCCCUCUCCUGAGAGAAGCCACUACCAUCCAGACUUGGGGACAGGCAACAGGGACGGACGUGGGCCCGAGCGAACCCAGAAGGCCCGGGCCCACGAUGGCCCAAGCCCUGCCCUGGCUCCUGCUGUGUGUGGGUGCGGGAGUGCUGCCUGCCCAUGGCACCCAGCACGGCACAACUGAGGAGGAGUCCGGCAGGAGGGGCAGCUUCGUGGAGAUGGUGGACAACCUGAGGGGCAAGUCGGGCCAGGGCUACUACGUGGAGAUGACCGUGGGCAGCCCCCCACAGACGCUCAACAUCCUCGUGGACACAGGCAGCAGUAACUUUGCAGUGGGGGCUGCCCCCCACCCUUUCCUGCAUCGCUACUACCAAAGGCAGCGGUCCAGCACAUACCGGGACCUCCGGAAGGGCGUGUAUGUGCCCUAUACCCAGGGCAAGUGGGAGGGGGAGCUGGGCACUGACCUGGUGAGCAUUCCUCAUGGUCCCAACGUCACUGUACGUGCGAACAUCGCUGCCAUCACUGAAUCAGACAAGUUCUUCAUCAAUGGCUCCAACUGGGAGGGAAUCCUGGGGCUGGCCUAUGCUGAGAUCGCCAGGCCUGACGACUCGCUGGAGCCCUUCUUUGACUCCUUGGUGAAGCAGACCCAUGUUCCAAAUCUCUUCUCCCUGCAGCUCUGUGGUGCAGGCUUCCCCCUCAACCAGUCUGAGGCCGUGGCCUCUGUUGGAGGGAGCAUGAUCAUUGGGGGUAUCGACCACUCACUAUAUACAGGCAGUCUCUGGUACACACCCAUCCGGCGGGAGUGGUAUUAUGAGGUGAUCAUUGUGCGGGUGGAGAUCAAUGGACAAGAUCUGAAGAUGGACUGCAAGGAGUACAACUAUGACAAGAGCAUCGUGGACAGUGGCACCACCAACCUUCGUCUUCCCAAGAAAGUAUUUGAGGCUGCAGUCAAAUCCAUCAAGGCAGCCUCCUCGACAGAGAAGUUCCCAGAUGGUUUUUGGCUAGGGGAGCAGCUGGUGUGCUGGCAAGCAGGCACCACACCUUGGAACAUUUUCCCAGUCAUCUCGCUCUACCUCAUGGGUGAGGUCACCAAUCAGUCCUUCCGUAUCACCAUCCUUCCACAGCAAUACCUGCGGCCUGUGGAAGAUGUGGCCACAUCCCAAGAUGACUGCUACAAGUUCGCCAUCUCGCAGUCAUCCACUGGCACAGUUAUGGGAGCUGUUAUCAUGGAGGGCUUCUACGUAGUCUUUGAUCGGGCCCGAAAACGAAUUGGCUUUGCUGUCAGUGCUUGCCAUGUGCACGAUGAGUUCAGGACAGCAGCAGUGGAAGGCCCUUUCGUCACCCUAGACAUGGAAGACUGUGGCUACAACAUUCCACAGACAGACGAAUCGACCCUCAUGACCAUAGCCUAUGUCAUGGCUGCCAUCUGCGCCCUCUUCAUGCUGCCACUCUGCCUCAUGGUGUGUCAGUGGCGCUGCCUCCGCUGCCUCCGCCAUCAGCAUGAUGACUUUGCAGAUGACAUCUCCCUGCUGAAGUGAAGAGGCCCAUGGGUGGAAAACAGAGAUUCCCUUGGACCACAUCUGGGUGGUUCCCUUUAGUCUCAAGUUGAAGACACGAAUGGUACCUGAGGCCAGAGCACCUCAGGACCCUCACCCACCCACAAAAUGCCUCUGCCUUGACAGAAAAGGAAAAGCCAACAAGGUGGGUCACUGGGCUUGCACCUAUAGGCAAUAGGAGAGGAAAGAAAGAAGCACUCUGGUGGUAGGAAUACUCUUGGUCACUCCAAACUUGAGUUGGAAAUUCUACUUCUUGAACCUUCAGCCCUGAACUUUUGCCCACCAUCCAUUUAGAUUCUCUAGCCCAAAGUAUUCUUUCCUUACUUCCAGAAGUCCUGGCAUCACACCCAGGCUACCCCAGUGUGUGUCUCUGUGGUAUCCUGGCAGAGAAAAAGCCAACCUCAUGUUCCUGCUGGCCAAAGUCAGCAGGAUACAAUACAUAGUUUGCUAUUUGCUUCAGAGAUAGGGACUGUGUAAGCAAGCCUAACACUGGUGCAAAGACUGCCUCUUGAAUGAAACAAAAAGCAAUUUGAAUGGCCCGGGGGUUUAGCUCAGUGGUUCCACCACCUGCCUCACAAGCGCAAGGACCCGAGUUUGAUCCCUGGUACCAAAAAAAGAAAGAAAAUACAAAAAGCAAUUCAAAUCUUUUGUACACAUGGGGCAGUUAGAGGAGACAGUACCAAGACAGGGAGUUGGGAUUAAAGAUGAUACGAAAAACAGAAACGGCCACUCACCUGUCCCAGUUUUAGACCUCAUCUCCAAGGCAGAUGGAGAUCUUAUAAAAUAGGUGUCAUUUCCUAAUGUUUCUAUGGUGGCAGGCUUACCAAAAGUGAGAUGGGAAGAAGGGGUUAUUUAGCCAAAGAGCUCAUUUUAAAGCUCAUCUGAAAGAAAGGUGCCCAUGAAGUUCCACUUAACAAAUGAAUUUCUGUCUUAUUAAUUCUACUUGUCUCUACUUGAACCCUUUCUUCUAUAUAUGAUAGGUGGCACUGGAACAUCCCAACCCCCAAGGCCCUAGGUGCCCUAUGGGAGAGCAAUCGGAAUAUAGCAGGGCUGGGCGCUAUCUCCUUGGUCAUUGUUCACUCCUUCCUCCAAACCCCUAUUUCUCUGGAGCUCUGCAGCCAAGGUGCUAAAAGGAAUAGAGAUGAGACCUCUCCUACCUAACCCCUGCAAGGAGAAUCCUGUAGAUUCAUUCAACAGGUAUAGGGUUGAUGCCUUAUACUUCUGCCUAGAUUUCUUCCUGUUCUGCUAUAACUGGUAAGAUCUUUACAUAAUACUGAGUGGUUUCAUUACUUUCUUACCAUCUCUGCUGGCUCCUCCAUUUAUUUGGCUAAGGCAUUAAACACUGG